CAGCCAUGGGUCUGAUGAGCGAGGACAUGGAGUGCUGCGUCUGCCUCCAGCCCUACUCUCGUAGGGAGAAGAUCCCUCGGAUGCUCCACUGUAAGCACACAUUCUGUGGGCUGUGCUUGCAGGCGAUGUCCAGGCUCCAGAGCGGCCUACUGACAGUAUGCUGCCCCCUGUGCCAUUGGAUCACCUGCACCGAGCCCAGCCUCACCGUGUCGGGGUCGCUGUGGGUUAACACUGAGAUCUGGGACCAGAUACUAGACACACAACAGGAAGAGGAGGAGGAAGAGAGGAAGGAAGCUAACAGACAGACACAGACCACUACACAGAACACAUGGUCUCCAUCAAAGCAUUGUGGCCUGAGGAUCAAAUUACAGAAUUUCCUGAGGAGGAUGAAGCACAAUGUACUGUAAACCGAGAAGACGAAGAGCAGAGAAGAAGAAGGGUUAAAUAAUAAUAUUAAUAAUAAAGGAUGGAUUGGGGGAGGAAAUAAAAUAGAAGAUUUUAAAUGGAUUGAGGAUGAAAGAAAGAUCAAGGAAGUUAUGGAAGGAAGGAAGUUAUGGAAGGACGUAAGGAAGGAAGUUAUGGAAG